AUGAAAUUACCGCUCAAGUUGCAUUUGAUGAAAGUGAGAGUAAGGUCCAACCGCAAGAAUCGCCACGACGUCGAGGACGACAACCCCGAGCCCACUUUCGAGCAUCACCACCGCCACAACUCGCUAGAGCAGGGCGCCAACGUUCUCGAAGGAGUGAGACCGCCCAAUUUCUUCGCCGUCAGGGAAAAAUUGUUCAACAGCAGCGGCAGGAGCCUCAAGAGCACCAACACCACCGCCAGCACUACCACCACCACCACCAUGGCGAGCGCAGGCGGCAAAUGGCGCGAGGAGCAGAUCCUGAUCAUCUGCCCUGGCAGUCGAACAACCAUGGCGCAGCUGGGUUGCAGUGAACUGACGCCGCCUACGCACCGCUUCCCCACGCGCAUGUUCAAGGACGGCGACGAGUGGAGGCCAUACUACACCUACCAGCGCAAGAGGGUGGUUGACGGCGUUGAGAAGGAGGAGUGGGUGGAGGAUGUAGAUGAGGAUGAGGGAGCUACUUGGCCUAUUCAAGGUGGCCAGAUUGUCAACAUGGACGCCUUCCUAGCUUUCCUCGACCACGUCCACAGCAUGCUUACGACGACGUACCACAACACCCCCAUCAUGCUGAUGGCCUCACCUCAGUGGACGCGACCCGACUGUGAAGCGAUUGCCCAAUACAUCUUCGAGAAGACGCGGACGCCUGCGCUGUGCAUGAUCAAUAGCGCAAUUGCGACCCAAUACGGCCUCAAGUUCCCCAAUAUGACGGUCGUCGAUAUCGGCUACGAGAAGGUGGAUGUUACUGCGAUUUACGACGGUAGGGUGGUCAAUCACCUGGACUUGGGGCCCCCUCGGUUCGAUAAUCAGAUCAGCGGUGGCGAAGUUUUCACACAGAAGCUGAUGAAGCUCUUGGAGGGGAAGAAGUUCAACCGCGAUAUGGCUGAGCAGCUGAAGAAGAGCUCCAUCUGCGAAGUCCUGCCAUAUGCGCCAAAUGCCAAAUCCCUGGCUGAUACUCCUAAGGAAACCGGCGUAACCCAGCCUGCUCCGGAACCAGAGAAGAUUGUAGAAGCCCCAGAACCCAACGAGGCGCCGAAGCCCCCCGCAGCUACAAACUCUACAGAAGCCGAGAAUGGAGAACAGAAUGGAGACGACGACGGUGUAUUGGAUGUGGCCAGCAUAGUGACCAGUGGUCAGACCAGAGAGUUCCUGGCCAAGAAGGAAAAGGAGAAGGGCAAGCCCGGGAGGAAGCCUAAGGACAAGGAGGCUGAUGCCGCCCCCAGCAAAGCCCCCCGUCUGCCUAACUCCAAGAGGACGCACAACACAUUUUUCUAUGAGGAGGUGGUUCAAGAAAUUGUGAACCCAGAGCCCAAGGAGAAGCCGGCCACAAACGGCUCAGCGGAGAAGCCAAGUGAACCUGCCCCUGCCGUCCAAACCACUGAUGAUCAGCCCGCACCUGCAACCGCAUCUGCGGUCACUACCACUGGGGAUGCUAUGGAUGUUGAUUCCAAAGUAGCUGCUCCUGCUGACGCCCCGCCGGCGGAAGCCGCCCCUGAGGCUGCGAAGCCCGAAGCCGCUGCAGAGUCCAAGCCUGAAGGUGCUGCAGAGCCCAAGACUGAGGGCGUGGCGGAACCUAAACCCGAGGCUGUGGCAGAACCCAAGCCCGAGGCUGCGACGGAAUCUCAACCUGAAGCCGCCACCGAGAGCAAGCCUGAAGCUCAGCCAGAACCUGCUGUGAUUAAUGAUACUCCUGAGUAUAGGCCCAAGCGUGUUCGCCGAGACAUCGACAUCGGGCUCGAGCGGUUCACAUUUGCUGACCGCUCCGAGAUCGACCGCAUCGUUACUACCAUCUACCGCACUGUCCAGGGGGUUGAUGAUAUGUACAUGCGUCCAGCCUGCUGGGACAACCUCGUCUUUGUCGGAAACGGUUCUCGUCUUCGCGGGCUCAAGGAAAACAUCCUGCAGACCCUCAAUGCCCGCCACUUGGUGUCUCCUUCGACCGCUACCAUGUUCACUUCAGAACUCCCAUCCAACAUGGCCACGCCUACGGGCACUGGGUCUCAGACGCCAACAGGAUCAUUCACUGGUGCUCCUCAUCAGCUGCCCUCAAGCGGCGUGAACCCUCUUCUGCAAGCCGCUACUACAGCCAGCACUCUGGGCGUUGCUGCUGUCGGCACCCCCCAGCCAGGAUCGGAAGCCGCUGGGCCCACGACGACACACCACUUCCACAGCCAGACCCCAACGAGCAUCAAGACCGUUGGACUACCAACGUAUCUUCAGGAAUGGACCAAGAAUGGCUUCGAAGAAUCUAUGUUCCUGGGAGCCCAAGUUGCCGCUAGGAUUGUCUUUUGUCUUCAUUCAAACAUGGAUAUCCAGAGCGUUGAAGCGCAGAGGUUGGCGAAUCUGAGCCGUAUUGAUUAUAACGAACUGGGACCAAAGGGGAUCCGCACUCAUUCGAUGCUGAGUUGA